AUGGUCGUGUCGACGUUCCGCAGCCUGUUGCUGCUGGCAGUCUAUGCCUGCGUCGCUCUGGCGGGCCGCGAUGCCGGCGACCUCCCCAAUUCAGUCACUCUCUCCUACCAACUGUUAGGAUCUCCUUCAGUCGAGCCAUUGGCCACCCUCUCCUACGACCCCAAGUCUCUGAAGCACGCUCUAUCCUCCUGGACUCCUCCAAGCCUCGACUCUGAAAAGUCCACCACUCCCGAAUCCACCUCGUCAAGACUUCUCCGAAUUCUACUUCCCAAUGGCCAUACCACGGUCACGACCUUAGACACCUUCAACCCGGAUGUUUACCAGAAGAUUGACCUCUGGAUAUCUCCAGACGACGGAUCAGUCUUCUCGGCCUCCGUGUCCAGUGUCUCGCCGCCGCCACUGACUCCCGAAGAGGCACAUUACAAGAAAAAAGUCGACCGAGCAAAGGCGAAAGGAAAGCCUAUACCGCCCCCUCCCCCGGUUCCCAAUACAAAGAAGGCAAGGGAGGAAGCAGCUAGAAGAGCCGCUCUCCACGAGCCUAUCCGAGUCAACCUCCUGGUGUCUAGCCCUGGUCCUGCACCUGCUCUCGCAACUCGCAAACCACCGCAGGUGGAUUCUGAGGGAAGGGAGGUUGCGCAAGAAGAACAGCAAGAAAAGAGUUUCUUCCAGAAGUACUGGUGGGUCUUCCUGAUCUUUGCUGUACUUUCUAUGGGGGGAGGGGGCGGAGACAAAUGA